UGAAUCUGUGCACAUCUGCACAUAACAUUAACCGAAAUCAAACACGAGUUUGUGCGGAUCUCGAUACGUUAAAGGUGGAUAUGAAUUAAUAUGAACAUGUGUUCAUUGCCUUGCAUCAUACUGCUCCAUAUCUUAAUGUCCAUUCCAACCAUUGCCCUGCCACUGUCAGAUGAGGUCAAGAAAACUUGCAAGGUCUUAGCGGAGCAUAAGCUGCCUGAAGUUUGUCCAGUGAACAACAGGACAUCAGACUGGCUAUGUCAAGCUGAAUCAUUCAACUGCUAUGGAGAAGAGCAGUUCCACUGUGCCCAAGUUGCCGACAUUGAACCGGGGAAAGUCAAAUUUAUGAGGAAAUGUACAAAGCCUGUUACCUGUGCUCCUGGGGAAGAGCCUUAUGUGAAGCAAGGCAAAAGUACUCCACGGUGUGGGCCCUGUCGGGAUAAAAAGUAUUAUAACCCUCACACACUGCUAAGUUCCUGGUUCUCACAAUGCCCUGAGAAAAAGGUUAAUCAAUGCACAGAAGAAAAGUUCAAGAAAGACUGCGGAUUAGAGCGGGGAGGUUUGUCGUGGAAACAGACUACACAAAGUGACGGCUUGUGUCGUUGUGAUUCCAGAGCGGGCUAUAGGCCAGUGGAUUUUGAUGAAAAUCCAGCAAAAUAUUUGUCCGAUCAUUGCUUUUAUGAAUACGUUUCCUGUGUACAUUUUACUUGUACACCAGGCAUGGAGUUGUCCUUAGAUUAUCGUUGUAUACAUACAUGUCUGGAAGGCUAUAGUCGCUCAAAUCUGUCUGACGUAUGCAGGAAUCUCUCAGAUCAAACAGAAAUACCGCUUUUGACCAUAACAAAUUUAGAACAAACAAAAGGAUCAACAAUGACUGAGUCUUCUAGGAAACAGGCCACACCUACUCCAUUUAAAAAUGUCACAAAGUCAAUGGAAGAUAAACAAGACAUGGCAGUUUCAAUAAUCAUACCAUUUUCCAUUCUUCUUGCAUUAGCAGGGUCCAACAACAUAACUUUGGCUGAUGAGAUGACAGUUGCAACAACAGACCUAAAAAUGUCAGUUGUUGAUAUUUUAAAGUUCACUGCUGGUGCCAGCUAUGAGGUAAAUGUCAUCAGCGAAUCUCAAGUUGGAAGUGGGUCUUCCACCAAUGGAGAUAGAGCUUUGAAUCCAGCCUGCUCUCCGGCCAGCAGUUCCUCGGCCUUCCCUUUCAAUUGA